GUCAGACGCAGCGCUGUGGACGCAGAUGCGUUCACGGUUCAACACAUGUAACAUCACCGGCUCUCUAUCAGUAUCGGGCUUCAUUUUUAUCAGUAUACUGUGAGCGGACCUGACCGAAACCGACGCCAUCACUUUCCAAGACAACUCCUCGGAUAAAACCGUUUCAAGAAGUGUGAGCCUCAGAGGAAUCUAACGGUUGUUAGCAUAGCUAGCAUAGCUGGUGAACUUUACCCAUCGCCGCUCGAAGCUCCAACUUUAUCCGGUUCUAGCGACCUAACCCGGCGGGUGAAGCUCAUGUCGUAGUAAACACAGGGACGAACCCUGAUCUCUACAAGGGUAAGAUUUCAGCCUCAGCUAGCUGUCAAAGCGGUGCGUUAGCCGGCACAGUGGUCCUGGCUGAGUAGCCGGUCUGACUUCCUUGUGUCGUUCGAGGUCAUUCUGUAGCGUAAAUAGCCAGCGGUUGUCGGGAUACCAGCCAUGAAGAGCCUCCCAUACUUCUGCCGGGGAGAGGUCAUUCGAGGUUUUGGAAGAGGAAGCAAAGAACUCGGCAUUCCCACAGCCAACUUCCCAGACUCAGUGGUGGAGCAUCUUCCAGCAGAUAUUGGCACAGGAAUCUACUAUGGCUGGGCUUGUGUCGGUAAUGGAGAUGUGUACAAAAUGGUGAUGAGCAUUGGGUGGAACCCUUACUACAAAAAUACCAAGAAAUCCAUGGAGACUCAUGUGAUUCACACUUUCAAAGAGGACUUUUAUGGAGAGACUCUCAGUGUUGUCAUGGUGGGAUACAUCCGUCCAGAAAGAACCUACGACUCACUUGAAGCCCUCAUUGCGGCAAUCAACAGUGACAUUGAGGAGGCCAAAGUGAAGCUGGAGCUCCCGGACCACCUCAAACUGAAAGAAGACAACUUCUUCACCAGCACAGCCAGCUCGUCUUCAGUCAUGCCCUCCACCACUGCAUCCACGUCACAGACUAUUAUGAACGGUCACUGACAGCUGGCUGGGACAGCAGCACUUUGUGCAUACACUCACAAAGACCAGAGCAACACAGAGGUUUCUAUGUACAUACAGGUCUGUGUAAAUGCACAGCCUCAUUCUAACAUCUCCCAGCUGUCGCUAUAGCUGCACGUGGAUAUAAUCAUAAACAACCAAUCAUGUUUGUUGCAUUUUUCUUUUACUUUGUCACUGUUUAUGUUAAAGAACUCUUUCACUUUCCGUAUGGUUUUGUUGCAGCCAGCCACUGAAUAUGUUUAUUUGUAUAUAUUCACACCAGAUUGCCUCUUUGGGUCACACUGGUCUUGCUGUAUAUUUGGAUUCUUUUAUGAGAGAAGGCACCGAAAAAAAUCUUCAUCUUGAGAUGAGGAUGACUACAAAUACAGGCAGUUUGUAGUAAGCUGUAUAUAAAAUAUCAACUUACGACCAUAAACUCAAAUCUGUUAACACAGCCUAGCCAGAGUUAAUAUGUGACCUAUCAAAGGUUUUUGUGAUGAGAUUUGUUUCUGCCUCAGAUGGUUAAGGAGGAGGUUUGGGCAUUAUUAUCUGUAACAAAAACACAGCUCACACGGUUAGACAACGUUAUGCAACAGUGUGAUUAGAUGCAAGGCGUCUGUGAAAACGGUGGUUGAAGAAUGAAAUUCUGUACAUUUAUUGGUAUUCAAGUUCCUCCUGGUUGUCUCCCUUCACUUCCCUCUUUAGAAAAUCUUUCCCUUUCAUUGUGACACACUCUUUAUCACUGCCCUGAAGUGUAUGAAACAUAUACAGUGGACCAGAGAUUGGAUUCAGUUUUGAUGCUUAUGCAUUUAUAAAAAAUAAUGUUAAUUUUUGUACACAAAUUAUUUAGUAACCUCCAGCAUGGUUAUUGAUCGAAUGAAAUUGUGUACCAAAAACAUGUUUUAAGCGAAGUCCUUUUGCAUAACUUCAGCAUAAUUAUCCUCCAGACUUAACAGUCUUGUAUGUUUUCUUUUUCUCCAACUCAAUGAAUCAAUAGAGAGUUGUAAAUUAUCUCAAGGAAUCUGUCACUGAAUUGGUGACUAAGUUCUUAUGCACACUGGAUAGAUUUUUUUUUUCCCUCUGCACCUUGCCAGUCUCUAUGGGUUUGUUACAGGUAGUAUAGUGUUGACAAGUGAGUUGAAGACAAACAAGAGCUCACAGCUUCCGUUCUACCCCGGUGUUUGCAGGCGGUAGUGGUCUUUAAAGUGUGUCAACACUAAUGUAUACCAUUAGGUUUAAAACAAAUCUGAGCAGGAAAAUUCUAUAAUACACCUAAUUUUCUUUAUUUUUAUGUAGAAUAUUUAUUCGUUAAGAACACUAACAAAUAUAUUUCAAAACUGUAGACAAAUCCCUGAAAGAGGAGUAUCUCUCCAUAGUGUGUAUGCCUGUUAAGCUUUUACAAAAAAAAUUACAUGAAACAGUUUAACAUAAACCUACAAGUGUCUGCAAUUAUUUGAACGGUAAAAAUCUUUCUAAAAGAAGAAAUAUGUAAGUAUAGCUAUGUGAUUUUUGCAUUUUAAAUCUGUAUUGUAUUGCAUUAUUUUGGUUUAUUAAAGUGCUAUUUAGGGAGUAAAAGCUAUGACUGCAUUUUAUGAAUACAGUUAUCAUGCAGCAGUAGCCAUGAUCUAUUUACGAGAAACAUUUACCCGUUUUUGCCUGUACCUUUGUAUUCUCAGUCUGGUAGUUUAACAUUUAAUUUUAAUUGGCUUGUUUACUUAAAGGGACUGAAGUAAUUAAAUAAGCUGCUUCGUCAAAGCUGUCAAAGAUUAAAAGAGGGAAGUGUCAUUACACCUUGAAACACACUGUUGUAGGGUUAAAUAUAUUUCAGUCUCAUACGUUGCAGUUAUUUAUUCUAGUUUACAGAGGGACCAGGGUUAUAGCAUGUAGAGGCUGAAGGUUCAACAUUUUUGUGUUUUCAUUUGUGUGUUUUGUAUAAUUUAAAUUAAAUAAUUUGAUCAAAAAACA